AUGUUUUUUGGGUUUUUUAAAUUAUCUAUAUGUCUCACUCUAAUAUAUACAUCUCUAAAUUAUACUAAGUAUAAAUAUUAUACAUUUUGUGAUCCAUAUAAAACACAAUGCAAAGGAAAAAUCAAAAACAACAGAACCUUAACAACAUCAGAAAAUAUAAAACCAUCAAACAAAAAAUUAUUCAAAAAGUAUGUGAUACAAGGAGAAAGAAAGAAAAAAGAAUAUGAACAAGACUUAUUUGUAAUUGAUUGUUCAGGCUUAGAUACAUUAUUAAAAAAUGACUCACAUAAUACUACAAACCAAAUCAAAAAAAAAAUGUUCAAGGAAUAUGAAGAAAUGUAUUCACAACUAUAUGGUCCAAAAAAAAAAAAAAAAAAAAAAAAUUACAAUAUAUUUAAAAAAAUAUUAAAAUUAUUACACUGUUUGUAUCCUAAACAUAUAAACAGAUUACUAAGAUUAGUAAUGACAAGAUUCAUAACUAUACCAUUAACAGUAUUUAUAAUACUUCUAAUAGGAUUACUCACAGGAUGUUCUGGUGUGAUUCCUCCAAAUUUUGUAACUACAUCAUAUAUAUCAAUAGGUAUAUGUUAUUUGAUGGUACCUUUAUUUGCAUUAUUAUUACACUUGAAAUAUUCUCAAAGUUAUUAA